AAAGAGGUUGACAUAACAGAAGGUCUCCAGAAGCAUGUUAUAAUAUGUCAUUCCCCUGAAUGUGAUAGCUAUUUGCAGCCUCCGAGGACUUGGCUUAAAGCCCAAUUAGAAUCAAAGAAGCUACUGACAUUCUGUGUGAAGAGGUUGAAGAAUUUGAAUAAAGUUCGCUUAGUACAUGCAGAGUACAUUUGGACUGAACCUCACUCCAAGAGAAACAAAGUCAAGCUGAAAGUUCAGAAAGAGGUUCUUCACGGAGCUAUCCUUGAGCAGGCCUACACUGUUGAAUAUGUUAUCCAAGACCAAAUGUGUGAAUCUUGUACUAGGGUUCAGGCUAAUCCCGACCAGUGGGUGGCUGCAGUGCAAUUGCGACAGCAUGUUUCUCACAGGUGGACGUUAUUCUAUUUGGAACAACUUUUUCUUAAGCAUGAUGCCGCUGCUCGUGCUAUAAGGAUUAAGCAAAGGGAUCAAGGAAUUGAUAUUUUCUUCUCUAAUCGUAGUCAUGCUGUGAUGUUUGUGGAGUUUAUAGGGAAAGUAGUUCCAAUACGGAGCCGUAAUGACAAACAACUGGUGUCUCAUGAUACCAAGAGCAGCAUUUACAACAAGUAUACUUUUUCAGUUGAAAUUUGCCCAGUUUGCCGUGAGGACUUGAUUUGUCCUCCGCCAAAAGUUAAAGAUGGUUUGGGGAAUGUAGGGCCACUUGUGAUCUGCACCAAGGUGAGUAAUAACAUUGGUUUACUUGACCCAUUUACUCUCAGGAACUGUUUUCUGGACGCGGAACAUUAUUGGAGGGCAUCUUUUAAGACCCUACUUUCGAGUAGGCAGCUUGUGGAAUAUAUAGUUCUAGAUGUUGAGAGUGUUUCUUCUGAGGUCAAUAUUGGUGGAUCUAAGUAUGCUUUGGUAGGAGUGAAGCGACUGCUUCUCAAUGGAAGGAAUGCAUUUUGA